CUUGUUCUCACGUCGGUCCUGCGUUCGUCUGUAUCAGAAAACUGCAAUCAUGACCCAGCUGGAGACCGCCAUGGCAAUUCUCAUGCAGACUUUCGACAAGUAUGCAGGCGUCGAGGGGAACAAGGGCACACUGACCAAGUCUGAGCUGAAGACCAUGAUGGAGAAAGAGCUACCCGCCUUGAUAAAGAAUGCUAAGAGCCAGGUUGAGGUGGACAAGCUAAUGAAGGCCCUGGACCACAAUGGAGACUCGGAGGUGGACUUCAAUGAGUUUAUCAUCCUGGUUGCUGCCAUGACCUGCGCAUGCCAUGACCGCUGCCCCAAGAAAUAAACAGGCCUCCCCCAAAACCCAUGAAGGGAAUAUGUUUACAUUGUGAAAUG